AUGAAUAGGCUAUCUGUUUUCAGUAAUCCAGCUUUGAAAAGAGGAUUAAGAGCUGUAGGACUUGCAGCAAGGCCUUUGGCAGCCAGGUCAUCGAUACUAUUCUAUCGCAGCAAUGUGCCACUGAACAGACAUUUCCAUGCAUCAUUGUGCAGAAAUGAAGAAUCGGAUAAAACAGAUAACAAAUCACAGCAUUUGGGCUCGUUCAAAGUGGACAAGCCCAUGCUAUUGAUAGCAUUCACAUGUAAAAAAUGUGACACCAGGUCAUCGCACACAAUGUCGAAGCAGGCAUACACCAAGGGUACCGUGCUUAUAACAUGUCCCGGGUGCAAGAACAGACACUUGAUAGCAGAUCAUUUAAAGAUAUUCAAUGAUAACCACAUCACCAUCGAAGAUAUCAUGAAGGCACAAGGCCAGUCUGUGUCGCUGACUACUGAUGACUUGGCAUUUGAAGAUGUUCCGGAUAGCUUGAAAAAUGUGAUUGGACAUUACGCAAAGGAUGCUCCAGAUGAGCUCAAGAAGAAGCUCGAUAACGAAAAAGUCCACGAAUUGCCUGAGGGGACUGAAAAAUAG